UCAGUAAGCAUUUACUAACAGCCACACAGCCACAUAGCCACAUAGCCACAAUCAACAUGCGUUUCCUGGUAGUCUUGGCCUGCCUGGUGGCAGUCUGUGCCGCCGGCACCCUGCCCAAUCGGGUGGAGCAGCGUCUGCUCGAGUUGGCCGACCAGAAUGGCGACAUCGAUCUCUUCGCCGAGCCCGAGCCCGAGGGUGUGGAAGUUGCCCCCCAAUUCAUUCUGUCGUGGCAAGCACGCCGCUUCAUCCGCAAGCUGCAGAAGCAGAUGGAAUGCGGCUGGCCGCAGUACGGCAUCCCCGUGCUGGCCCCUCUCCGCGUCAACGAGUUCGACCUGGACUUCAAGCGCGGCAUCUUCGAGACCCUCAACAACUUGUUCCACCUGAAGAUCGCCGGCCUGGACGACUUCGAGAUCACCAAGUUCAAGCUGAACAUCAUCACCAGCAAGGUGACCUUCGACUUUCUGUUCAAGAACAUCGACACCACCGCCGAGAGGUACAGCACUGACACCCUGAUCGACGCCCUGCGCCAGCUGGGCCUGUCCGUCGAGUACGAGGGCACCGGGGACCUGCUCUUCGACCUGAACAACCUCCGCAUUACCGGCACCCUCAAGUACAAGCUGCCCAUGCUGUGGGGCUCCGCCAAGAUCACCUCGCUGAAGACCACCAUCUCGCUGGAGUCCGUCGAGUCGGACAUCAGCGGCUUUAUGGGCCACGGCAAGAUCAAUCGCGCCAUCAACAGGCAGCUGGAGAAUGUGGUGGUCAAGGCCAUCAACGACAACCAGCAGACCAUCUCCGACACCAUCGAGGACACCAUCGUGCCACCCGUGAACAAGAUGCUCAAGGGCAAGGACUUCUGGACUCUUGUGGACCUGAUCCUCUCCAGCAGCGAUGACGAGAAGGAGGACGAUCCAAUUGUCGUCGACUGUGACCCCCAAGCCGAUCCCUGGGCCUAAGCUCAUCAUCCUAGCGCUUUCAAUAAAAACUUUAUCGAGAUAAUGAAUUCCUAA